AUGAUCGCUCAUAAUACUCCAAUUCCAAUUUCUAUUCUCAGCCCAAAUAACCCUUAUAUUCAAGAUACCUCAACAAAUUCAAAGGGUGAAGCCCAAACAGAAAUGGCAGAGAUAAUAGAGGUUCCAACACCAAACAAUACAGGUUUGGUACCACAAAAAAUGAAAAUUGAAUCAGCAGCGGAGGAAUUGGAUAAAACUGCCCCAAUUGCCUCAAAAAUAGAAGUCCUAACGGACUUAAAAGAACCAAGUUCAUCCCAAAACACCUUACAAGAAACACCAUUUAUAGUAGUUUCUUACAAGAAAUCAAACAACAAAAAUAGCAACAAGAAAGAAGAGGAGGAAAAGAAACUUACGCACCCAGGUCAACAACACAGAGUCCACGAGAUCACCUCUCGGGGUGCACCAGGGCUAAGGAACCAACACUAA